AUGUGUUGCAAUUGCUGCAGUGUCCGUCAGCAAAAGUUUUGGGUCUUUGGCCUUAGUAGUGUUAUCCUGGCCAUUGGAGUCUUCCUGGCUGCCGCCUGGCCACCGGUUUCUCGUCAAUGGAUACGUAGCAUCAUGCCACUGAGUCCCAACUCCUUUAUGUACAAGCGAUGGGUGACCACACCCAUGCCCAUAUACAGCACCAUCUACCUCUUCAAUUGGACCAAUCCGGAGCAACUAAACACAGCAGGUGUUAGGCCACACUUUGAGCAACUAGGACCCUAUACUUUUAGUGACUUUAAGGUCAAGGAGGAUCUGGAAUGGAACCCAGAGAGACCAGAGGUGACCUAUUUUGGCAAACGCACCUGGCACUUUCUGCCGGAAAAAUCCAAUGGCACCCUCGAGGACAUUGUGGUAGCUCCACAUUUUGUAUCGCUGACAGCUGCCUUAUACUCGCGCCGAUAUCGUCGCACCCUGCGCAAGGUCAUGAACUUUGCCCUGAACCGCGAGGGCGGCGACACCCACAUGACCCACUCGGCGGGUGAGUGGCUCUUUGAUGGCUACUACGACCGACUGCUGGACUUUGUGGAGCAACUGCACUCGCCCCUGUUGCCCAUUUACAGCAGCAACUUUAGCUGGUUCUAUGAGCGAAACAACUCCAAGACAGCCGAGGGCAGCUUUACGAUACACACGGGCCAUGGUGAUCUUAGCCAGAUGGGAGAUCUACAGCUAUGGAAUGGGCAAAAUACCACAGGUUUCUAUCCCGGCGAGUGCGGCAAAGUCAAUGGUAGUACGGGGGAACUCUGGUCACCGGAGCGAAGGUGGGAUCAGCCCACUUCAAUUUUCCUCAAAGAUGCCGCCCGGUAUUUGAAUCUCUUUCCCCAGAACAACCUCACCAUAGAUGGCAUUCCCGUGUGGCGCUAUGAAUCCACUAAUCUCACCCUGGACAAUGGCCAGCUGUCGCCAGACACAAAGUGCUUUUGCGUAGAGAAACGUGAAUGUCCACGCAAUGGAGUCCUUGACUAUGGACCACCUGCCUUCAAUGGUCCUUUCUACAUGUCGCAUCCACACUUUUACCUGGCCGAUGAAAUCUAUCGGGAGAAUACGACAGGACUAAGGCCAGAGAAGUCGGAGCAUGGAAUGUUUGUGAUAAUGGAGCCCACCAUGGGAAUCCCUCUUAGCCUCAGGGGACAACUCAUGGUUAGUGUCCAUGUGGAGCGAGAUGAAGCAAUUGAUUUCUUUAAAGAUGUGGCCUAUAAUCACUAUGCACCCCUCUUUACCAUGCAAAUUCAUGCUGAAUUGGAUGACAAUCUCACAAGCCUACUAAAGCUGGCUUUAAAUGUGGCCAAAAUUGGCCAAUACACGGGAAUUGCUUUACUCUUGCUGGGUCUUAUUGCAAUCAUAGUUGGCGUCUUUGUCACAAAGAAUCACAAAUGGCAUGGCAAACAAAGACCCCAAGUGGCUGAGAAGAAAGCCAACUGCACUUGA